AGUAAAAAUAGAUCUUCAGACUCUAAAGUUCAUGAACAGUGUCGAGACCGAGGUGUCAGGAAGUAAUAUUAGAAUUUCGCGAUGUGGAUACACCGGAGAGGACGGUUUUGAGAUCUCUGUACCUGCGAAUGACGCGAUUAAUCUAGUCGAAAGGAUCUUGGAGAUUCCUGACGUGAAGCUGGCCGGUUUAGGAGCCAGAGACAGCCUAAGAUUAGAGGCUGGACUCUGUCUAUACGGUCACGAUAUCAAUGAAGACACCACGCCAAUCGAAGCUGCCCUUACAUGGCUAGUCGCGAAACGACGAAGGGCCGAAGCGAACUUUCCAGGCGCGGAGCGAAUACUUUCGCAGAUCAAGACGGGCCCGACGAAGAAACGCGUCGGGCUCUUACUGGGUCAAGGACCACCUGCUAGGGAAGGCGCGCCCAUAUUGACGCCGGAAGGUGAGCGUGUAGGCAGCGUUACUUCCGGUGGACCAAGUCCGACCUUGGGCCGGCCGAUCGCCAUGGGAUACAUGCCGCCGGAUUUGGCGCAAUUCGGUGGCGGGAUACUGGUCGAGGUUCGAGGGAAGACGUACAAGGGUACCGUAACGAAGAUGCCCUUUGUGAAAGCGAAGUAUUACACCGCGAAAUGAUGCUGAUUUCGCGACGGAAAUUAGUCGAUCUCCGGAAUACCGCACGCAAUGAUUAAUUGACAGCCAUGAAAUCUUUUAGCACAUUUAUUCGAAAAGUACCCAAACAAUUGGCUUAGAUGAUUAGCUAGCGCGAAUGAAUUGCGACGAAUCGCAAAUGACGUUAUUAUUAUUAAUUAAUAGUUUCUAAAAAUUUUAUUUGCAUUAGCUAAUCUCUAAAUUAAAUUAAUAUCAGAUAAUUGAACCUCUUCCAUGAGAGAUUGCUAAAUAUUAUAAUACAUUAAAUAUAAUAUAAUACAAUACAAUACCAAUCUUGUAAAACAGCUUACAAGAUUAAUUAUUAUUUAUAAAAAUAUGCAUUUGUACGAUAAUACCAUAAAUAUCUAUUUUUAUAUACGACUGUUAUUAUACAAAUUAUUAAAUGUAUCUACACACGAGGAAUUAUCACAAAGAUUGUCACCU